CGGAGCUUUAGAAGACGCUCAUUAUCACACAGACCAUGGAAGAUCAAACCUGCAAAGAAAUUCAAAUCCAUAGACCGCCACAUUCUUUUUCCAUUAGGCAAAACCUCCAUCUCCAAGCUCACCCAAUUCCAAUAGCGAUUAUGGCCGCCUCAUCCUCCCUGCCCAUUUCCCUUCUUCUCUUUUCCAUCCUCUCUCUCUCCUUCCUUUGCCACGCCGCUCACGACACCGCCCUCAAGAGUAUUGACCUCGAGCACCCAGCUGAAGAUAUAUUUCCAUCUUCACUUUCUGGAGCCAGUGAUAUACAAUGUGAUCGUGUUCGGAUUUCUGGUCUUUCAAGAUUAAAACUUGGAAGUUUUGCCAGUUCUUUUCGAGUCACUGCAGUUCCAUCUGUUGCUAUUCCUGAAAGACAACAUACAAAAAUUCAGGUUUGUUUUCACUGGAACAAUUCACUUGGAUUGUGUCUGUGUGAAGAUGAUGAGUGGAAAACUUUUCAAAAGGGAUUGUGGAGCUCCACCAUGUCUCCUUAUGAAGUCAGAUAUAUUGAUGUUAAAGUUAUUAAUGCCACGCCUCUAAGUGGUCCUGUCACAAUUGCUAUUGAAGAAGAUUUUCAAAGGUGGCGUCUGUUGUGUCUAGCUUUGGGAUUUAUGUUGCUCCUGCUUGCUCCUGUUGUCAGCAGCUGGGUUCCUUUUUAUUACAGCAGUUCAAUGGCACUCGGCAUUUUCCUCGUCGUGUUAAUCAUUCUUUUUCAGGGAAUGAAGUUGUUGCCAACUGGAAGGAAGAAUGUCCUUUACCUCACUGUAUAUGGAUCAGUGCUUGGAGCAGGAUCCUAUCUUGUUCACCACUUUGCAAUGUUGGUAAAUUCAAUUCUUCUCAGUUUUGGACUGAAAGAAGAGAUGCAUAAUCCUGUUGCCAUCUUUUUACUUCUGGGGAUCGUUCUUUCUGGAGCUGCCUUGGGUUACUGGAUUGUCCGAAAGUUUGUGAUCUCAGAGGAUGGGAAUGUUGAUGUUGGUGUGGCCCAGUUUGUAAAAUGGGCAAUGCGUAUAAUCGGAGCUACGUCUAUCUUUCAGAGUACCUCUGACGCUCCUUUAGCACUUGGUGCCUUUGUUUGCUGUUGGGCCGUCUGCUAUCUUAUCUCCUCUUUGAAGCGGCUUGGUACCAUGAAUCAAUCAUAUUCUGGAUCUGGCAGCCCUUGGAAACGGCAGAAUAAGCAAAUUGUUGGGAAGCGGAUUCAUCCUGAAUUCCUUAGCCGAUCAAACCCUCAAGACAGGAAAUGGAGAGUUUCUGAUAGCCACAGCCCAGCUUGGCCGAAUUCGCCUGUUAAAGGGAUGAUCUCUCCGUCCUCCGGGGUGCAAGGUCAAGACUACUACUCGACCUUCCACAAGACCCGCAACCGAAAGAAGUUCACAAAGAAGGCCUGGGAUGAUUUCACUAGAGAUUCGACCCGACAGGCAUUGGCAGAGUGGGCAUCAUCCCCUGAAUUCACAGAUUGGAUCAUGGAGCAUGCGGACAGGAUUCAACUGCUCCCAAGUGAUAGUUCAGAUGAAGCUGUUGGAAGUGAAUCUGAUUCAACCAAUGAGAAUGUUGUUGCUAGUGGCAGUAGGUUCAACUUUUUAAACUGGUAAGACUAGGCAUCUGUAUCUCCUAACAUGGAUAAGCAUAGGAUCUAGGUUAGUAGGUUCUUAGGAAAUUUGAUUCUGCCGGUUGAGAUGCACGAGUUUGGCGAAUUUUCUGAACCACAAAUCUAACAGCUAGAAGUGUCUCAUAGAUUAGGUCAACCUGUGAAUUUGCGACCCUGACACACAUGGAAAAAUCGACCUGGCCUGAUACUUCACCGGUAUCAUAUACCGUGUUAUGUUGUGUCACGUGAUUUUAUUCAUCGCAUUUGUUGAAUUGGCCAGCAUGGAAUCGAGUCAAUCUAAGAUGUAACCACGACCUGAAGUGUUAUAUGUUUCAGAAUCAUCCAUGAUUCAACACAAUCUGCAACUCUGCAAGCCAGAGACGAGGUGGGAUGCGUUUGACACCUCUACUACACACAGCUUUUUAUGGCAUUUUUUUAGUCCUAGAGAUUGAAGCCACAUACCUCCUUCCCAGUUGAGUUUCAUAACUGUCUGAAUGUAUGGGAAUGAGUGGUGCAGUUUCUUUCCAUUUUUUUUUAUAACGGUUGUCAUUUUCAAGAAUAUUCUAAUUGUAAUCAUUGUUCUUUUGUAAUAGUCUAUCAUUUAAUUGUCUAGAUGAGACAUCUGAAUUUAUUUUUGGCAAUGUAAACUAAAGAAACUUGGAAUAUAUAGAUGAAAAGAAAGAAAAAUGAAUAAUAGAAAAUUAACAUA